UUGAUAAGUCUAUACAUUUUUUAGGCUUUAAUCCAAACAAGGCUGCAGUUCUUCUCCAAUUGAGAUAUUCUAGUUUUCCAAUUUAUUUACAGUAUAAAAUAAAUAAAUAGUAACUGCUGACUAACUAUUAAUCUCAUUCAAAUCUUGGAGGGAAAAUCGACUGGCAGUAAAAAAUUUAAAAAAAAAAGAAAAAGAAAUUAAAACAGCUAAAUCUCGCAGUUCAUGCUCAUUAGAAUUGUCAACUAAUACAGUAUUAAGUGGCAAAUUCGUAAUUUCAAACAACUCUAUCACGCUUUUUGUUCUCGUUAUAGUGAGAGAGAAAAAAAAAAAAAAAGUCUUGUAUUUGUAUGCCCGCCUUCUUACUCCCUCUCUCUCUCACUCCAUUUUCUCGAGAAUUUCAUUUUUUUUUUUAAAUCUCAGUAUCCAAACACGCUCAUAUCUCCAACUUAAAUGGAGAUCAAACUGCAUCGAUAUAAUUCCUUUUCUACGCAUUGCUGUCUUUGUGUUGUUUUAAUGUUUUUAGUUUUGAUAAUCUCUGAUCGUUUUAGCUCAUUGAUUAGCUUCUCUGGUUAUUCCAAAUUCGAGUUCUCAACAAAUUACUCGGUUUCUAUCGUUCAACUGCAAGCUAAAGUCACCGGCUCCGAUCAUAUCCAUUUUGUUGAUGAUUCUUCCGCGUUAACUGUUACUUCUUCUAUUCAUCGAUUUAGAAACACUACUGUUAUUAGGAAAAUCUCAAAGCUAAGCAGAGAAGAAGAGCUGGAGCAAGGACUGGCUCGAGCUCGAGCUUCGAUACGCAAAGCGGUUACGUUCGGCAGCGACGUCAACCGAAGCGACGUCGUUAGAAAUGUUAUUUAUCGUAACCCCGCCGCAUUUUAUCAGAGUUACAUGGAGAUGGAGAGGAGAUUCAAGGUCUACGUGUAUUCUGAAGGGGACCCACCAAUUGUCCAUGAUGGGCCAUGCAAGGACAUAUAUACGAUAGAAGGGAGAUUUAUACACGAGAUGGAACAUGGAGCCAGGAGGUACAGAACGAGGGAUCCUAAGCGAGCCCACGUUUAUUUCAUGCCCUUCAGCGUGACCUGGAUGGUUAAGUAUCUUUACAAGCCUCUUACAUAUGAUCAUUCACCACUAAGGCAGUUUGUGGCAGAUUAUGUAAGAGUGCUUUCUACCAAAUACCCCUUUUGGAAUAGAACUCAUGGGGCUGACCACUUCAUGCUUGCCUGUCAUGAUUGGGGUCCUCAUGCAUCCCGGGGCGACCAUCUCCUUUACAACACAUCAAUCCGAGUCUUGUGCAAUGCCAACACUUCUGAAGGUUUCAAUCCUCGAAAGGAUGUGAGCCUCCCUGAAAUCCACCUCUACGGUGGCAACGUUCCACCCCAACUCCUAUCUCCACCACCUGCCAACACCACACGUCCUCACCUCGCAUUUUUCGCGGGUGGAUUGCAUGGCCCAAUCCGUCCUCUCCUCCUCAAACAUUGGAAAGACCGUGAGUCUGAUCUUCGUGUCUUCGAGUACUUACCUAAACACUUGGACUAUUACUCCUUCAUGCUCCGAUCCAAAUUUUGCUUAUGUCCAAGUGGCCAUGAAGUGGCUAGCCCUAGAAUUGUCGAAUCCAUUUAUGCAGAAUGCGUGCCUGUGAUUUUGUCGGAUCAUUAUGUGCUGCCGUUUAGUGAUGUUUUGAGAUGGGAUGCUUUUUCGAUACAGCUGAAUGUAUCAGAGAUUCCAAGACUAGAGGAGGUUUUAAGAUCAGUCCCAGAAGAGAAAUAUGAGAGGCUAAAAGAGGGUUUAAGAACUGUGAGGACGCAUUUUAUGCUGAACCAGCCAGCUAAAAGAUUUGAUGUGUUUCAUAUGAUUUUACAUUCCAUAUGGCUUAGGAGAUUGAAUUUGAGACUUGGAUAGAUAAAUUCAUGAAAAAUAUGAGACAUCGUAUAGGAAAAACAAAUGCCAUAUAUAUAUAUAUGUACUCUGUUGUUUUCUGAAA